AUGGAAAACGAGGGCCCCGUUCCUUAUCUAUCGUUCUUUAGGUCAACGCCCCAGCUGUACGCUUUUGUCGGCAGCCCGUGCUACCUCCGGGGGGCUGUCUGCGCGCCACCCGGAGUCCUGCCAGUCCAGCUGACGCGCUACCUCGCCCUGGACGCGCUGCACAUCGCCGGCAUCAGGGCCGCGAAGGCGUGCUGCGUGCUGCCGGCCGCCACGGGGCUCACGAUGACGCUCGUGUUCCUGGCGCUGCGGCAGCUGCGACCAGCGGGGCGCUACGUGGUGUGGUCCAGGAUAGACCAGAAGUCUUGUUUCAAAGCGAUAGGGGCCUCGGGGCUGACGCCGCUGGUGGUCGAGCUGAAGGCCCUGGAGGGUUCUGACGCCCUCGGGACCGACAUGGACGGCAUGGCCGCAGCGAUCGAGCAGGUCGGCGCUGAAAAUGUCCUCUGCAUCUGCACCACCACUUCCACCUUCGCGCCGCGCGUCCCCGACAGCGUGGACGAGGUGGCCGUGCUGGCGGCGCGGCUGGAGGUGCCGCACGUGAUCAACAACGCCUACGGCCUCCAGUGCUCGAAGUGCUGCCACCUGAUCGAGCAGGCCUGCCGACGCGGGCGGGUGGACGCGUUCGUGCAGAGCACGGACAAGAAUUUCCUGGUGCCGGUCGGCGGCGCCAUCGUCGCGGCGGCGAAGCCCGCGCUGGUGGACAAGAUUUCGCAGAUCUACCCUGGGCGGGCAUCAAUGAGCCCGCUGCUGGACCUGCUCAUGACCCUCCUGUCCCUCGGCGCUGCUGGCUGGAAGCGGCUGCUGCAGGAGCGGAAGGACAACGCGGCGUGGUUCCAGGACCGCUUUGCCAAGGCGGCGGAGAGGCAGGGCCUGAGACUGCUCAGCUGCCCCGCCAACAAGAUCUCCUUCGUGUGCGACCUGAACCCGCUGGCGAAAGAGAUGGGCAAAGCCGACGUCGACCACCUGACCUUCCUGGGGUCGGCGCUGUUCACGCGGAGGGUCUCUGGCCCGCGCGUGGUGCUGUGCAGCCAGCCCGCGGCCUCCUCGUGCCCGGAGGCGCCCGCCGCAGACGUGGAGGCCGAGGCAGAGGAGAGGCCGCAGAGCCUGAAGCUGAAAGGAAGGUACAGGAAACCAUUGACGGCACGGCCUUCGAGAGCUACGGCGCCCACACGGACGAGUACCCGUGUUGCUACCUCACGGCCGCGUGCGCCAUAG